AUGGGUAAAAAGAAUAGAAACAACUUGGGUAGGAGCAUACAAAAGGAUCGAUUCGCCAAGAAGAACCAAAUGAUCGGUCCAGGAGACGAAUGGCUGCAUUCUAGUCAAAUCGACGAUGAUUCUGAUUGGGCAAGGCUAAAUUUACAUUCCGUAACGGAGCAAAGCUCUUUAGAUGAUUUCUUAGCCACGGCACAAUUAGCCGGUACAGAAUUUGCUGCAGAAAAAUUAAAUAUUAAGGUCAUAGACUCAGAAUAUGGCGAGACAACAGCUGGAGAAGAUGAAAAUCAAGCUAGAAUUGCUGCCGAGGAAGAAAAUAAAAAAUUUCUGAGAAUUCCUAGGAGGCCCGCUUGGACCACUGAUAUGUCCGCGGACGAGUUACAAUCAAAAGAACGAGAUUACUUUUUAACGUGGCGGAAACAAUUAUCUGAAGUGCAAGAAAAUAAUCAACUAAUCAUGACGCCAUUUGAGAAAAAUCUAGAAUUGUGGAGACAACUAUGGCGUGUCAUCGAAAGAAGCCAUAUUAUCGUACAAAUUGUUGACGCAAGAAAUCCUUUAUUAUUCCGUUGUGAAGAUUUGGAAGCAUAUGUUAAGGAAGUUGAUAAUAGAAAAAUUAAUCUACUAUUAUUAAGCAAAGCUGAUUUAUUAACAUCUGCACAACGAUUAUCUUGGGCAAAAUAUCUAAAAAGUAUUCAGGUCAACUUCGCUUUUUGGUCUGCUAACAUGGAGCUAGAAGCCGAUAUCAAGAAUGAUGCCGAUAGUACCAGUGAUGAUAAUGAAGAUGAAAUUAAUUCACGGGAAGAGGAUAACUCUUCUUCGGCGAGUGAUGAAGAAGCCGCAAAUGAAUCACGAAAUCAAAAUAUUGCUUUAGAAAACGAUAUAAAGAAUGAAUCAUGGAUCCCUUCAGAAGACGGUGAACCUAGUCAACAUCAGGAAUCUGAAGACAUCAAAAUACUAAAUGGAGAAGAAAUAAUAACACUUUUUAAAACACUGCAUGGCACUAUAAAUAACACAGAAGAUGAAGAUACUGAAGCUAAAGCAGUUACUAUUGGAUUAGUUGGCUAUCCUAAUGUCGGUAAAAGCUCAACUAUUAAUGCAUUAUUUCACAGCAAGAAAGUAUCUGUAUCUGCUACACCUGGUAAAACGAAACAUUUUCAGACGCUACAUCUUGAUAAGGAUCUAUGCUUAUGUGACUGUCCUGGGCUAGUUUUCCCAUCCUUUGUCUCAACGAAGGCUGAAAUGAUAACUUGCGGUAUACUUCCCAUAGAUCAAAUGAGAGACUGGCUAUCACCUGUUGCAUUAAUAUCCUUUUAA